AUGACUCUUUGUGACACUUUGUACCCUUUGUACUUUGUACCCAGUUGUUUUUGUCAUUCAUGGUGUGUCGUGUAUAAUUGUUAACAGAUGUAUACUGAAUUCGGGAACUAACGUUUAUCAGUUUGUUUUCUUAAUAGUGUUGGUUUUUCUUGUAAUUGAAAUUCUGCAGUACAAAAUGAAUUCUUCUAGUUAAUUAAUGUGACUUCAGAACCUGAUAGAUUCGUUUAUUUGUCCGUUUGCACUAGAUUAUGGUGCAAAGUCCCUAAAAAACUGGCUGUAUGCAAUUAUAUCCUUGAAAAGAAAUGGGUGCCUUGAUAGGAAUUGGAAUUUGUCUUCUUGUAUUGUUGAUCCUCGUUUUGGCAGCAAAACAAAUCUGGCCAACUCGACUAAAAAAUGUGGAAAACAAGCAUGUGGUGAUAACCGGUGGUUCAAGUGGCAUAGGAAAAUGCGUGGCUCUGGUUGCCGCGAAAAGUGGAGCCCACGUGACCAUAAUAGCACGGGACAUUCAAAAAUUGGAAUCUGCAAAAAGCGAAAUUGUCCGAGCGUGCAGAGACAGAGACACACAAAAAGUCGAGUAUUUCUCCCUGGACAUUGGAAAAAGCUACGAGGAUGUGGAGAAAUCGUUGCACGAUCUUGAAAAGUCCAUGGGACCAAUUUACAUGCUGGUAAAUUGCGCUGGCACAGCAAUCUGUGGAAAAAUCGAGGAUACCACAGCGGAAAGUUUAAAAUUGAUGGUUGACCUGAAUUUUCUCGGUACCUUUUACUGCAUCAAAGCUGUCGUGCCCUCAAUGAAAAGCAGGAAGGAAGGAAUUAUCGUUUUGACUUCUUCUCAAGCUGCCUGUCUAGGAAUCUUCGGUUAUUCAGCUUACUGCAGUACGAAAUUUUCUCUUCGUGGAUUGGCUGAAAGUAUAUCUAUGGAAUUAUUUCCUUACAAUAUAUCUGUGACACUUAGUUUGCCACCUGACACUGACACUCCAGGUUUCGCUACUGAAGAAUUGACGAAGCCUUUGGAAACUAAGUUAAUAGGGAAAACUGCUGGUCUUUUUAAGUCUGAAGAUGUUGCAAACAAAUUAUUUAAAGACGCUCUGGCUGGGAAGUUUUUUUCGAUAAUCGGCUUCGAGAGUUUCAUAUUGACGACUCUUACUGCAGGAAUGUCGCCCUUUACAUCCUGGUGUGAAGUAAUAAUGCAGUCAAUGCUGAUGGGAUUGUUGAGGAUUGUUGGAGCUUUUUACCUCGUUUCAUUCCAACGAAUAGUCUUAAACUGUUUGAAGACUCGUGACCAGAGCAAAAAGUCAGAGUAGAUUUGUUACUGUUUUUCAAGUAAAGUGAGUUCGAGAAAUUGUAUGAAAUAAAUUUAAGCAUUUUGUGAUGAUAGAAUGAAUCAAGCUUAAUAUUUCUCUAUAGAUUUAAUAAAAUAUAAUAUAUUUUUUAA